CACAGCGGAGAAACAGGUUGCUACAUUGUCACGCUGGACAGCAUGGUGGACGGAAAUGGCAGCUUUCGCUGACCUAAUCUUCUGUGGAGCGGUGCACAAGUCACAUGGUUUGGUGUGGACUGAUGGGAAGGCCAUCUUUCUCGCCCCGGUAAAGAUUCUCAACGGACAAGUGGAGCCGUGUGAAUCGCUGAAACUUGGAGAGUUCGGUGACGAGGAUGAAUUUAUAGAAAGUGAAACAGUUGACAUUGAUGAGGAUGACCAAUCAGUGAAGAGCAUCCAUUGGAGCAGUGAUGUCGGCCCCAGCUUGUGUUACUUGUGUGUAGUCCAUCCCCAACAUGUGUCUGUCUGGAAGGUCGAAGGUCAUGUACCAAAACUCAGUUUCAAGCAGGUCCGAAAACUCAAUGUCCAGCCUAUUCAACAAGGGUGUCUAUGGAACCCAGGCCGGGAUAUUCUCUGUGUCCUGAGCAAGCAGCAAUGUAGCUUCUUCUUCAGACACGCACAGAACAGGGGCAGUUAUGCCUUCCCUCCCAUAGAGAGUGGUAAGAUCAGAUGCGGAGCCUGGUCCAAGGAUGGUACUCAGCUGGUGUUGUGUGUAGGCGCCAUGUUACUGAUUUAUUCCUGGCCGGAGAUUGAUGUGUCCAUCAGUGACCUGACCCCCACGGCCUGGAGGAUUCCACAACUUGACGGAGGCGUAUGUUCCAUCGUAUCCCUGUCGGACCAUGCUGUUGUUUGUGCUGCUGAGCUACCUCUGGAAUCCCUGUGUAAGAGACAGGACACUUUCAUAGCACCAGACUUGAACCAAAAUGAACCUAGUUUGUCGCCUUCGUCUGAUAUCAUCUCUCCUAAAGAAGGAUCUCUAACAUCACUGAAAGAUACUCUACUCAACUUACCACGGCAUCCAGGGAGUCUUAUUGAGGACACCAGUCAGCUGAUCGUUGUCCAGCUGAGAGCUAAUAAGGAGCCCCUAAGGAGCUGCUGUGUAGGGGUCAAAGGAGUGUUGACCCCAGAUAUACUUAUGUAUGAGGAUACGCAGCAGUGUGUGGUAGUGGGCAGUAACAACCAGAGUCUCCUACAGGUGUACGCGGUGGUGGACAGUGGCCGGACACUGGUCAAGGUCCAGGAAAUCCAACUGAAUAAGGAUGAACGUCCGAGAGGGAUUUCUGGCCUCCAGAACCCCCAGCUUGCUGGUUACCAAGGGAUACUACUGGCAGUGGGUAAGCGGACGACGGCGAGUGCUCUGUUCCCCUCAUCAUCGGAGGGUACAGGAGAUGUCCGACUACAGUUCUUCCCUGUGGCUAUAGACAGAUCUGCUUUGAAGAGUUCCGAAGAUGGAAACACAACAGCAAUAGAUCAGAGUUUGUUAGAAAAUCUCGUUCCCUCAAAUACAUCCACACCCGCCACACAGCCUCAAAAAAAGACAAUAAAACUUCAGUAUUCUGUCGAAGAAGACGAUUCGUCGUUGGGUCAAUCAGACCGCCAAUCAGAACCUUCGUCUCUUGAACCAUUCAGCCUGAUAAGCAAUGGAAUAUCAGAGGCUAGUGCUCAAAAAACCACUCAAAAUGAAUCUGUCGAUCUUUUACUUAAAAAACAGAGAACAAUAUCAGAAUUGAGGGACUAUUCUGAUACAGACUCGGCUAAAUCAUCGCCAAGGGAGACAACUCAGGAUUCUGGGGAAUUGUCACCGAGAGAUACAGCACCGUCUGAAUCUAAACCUCAAAAAAAAUUAAUCGUUGACUUGAACAAAUCUGAUAGUGCUGACAGUGAUUUAGAAAUAGAAACUACUGAAUUCUCCGAACAAAAACCACAGUUCAAAAGUGCAGAGUUGGAUAAAUAUCUAGAAGAAAACGUAGGAAUGUCUGACAUUCCGAACAUGUCUAAAGACACAAAAGAUGUCCCGUCAGAGUGUGAUUCUGAAAAGACUGCCAAAAAGAUUAGCCCGAGUGACCCAGACUCGGGCUACACAGAAGUCUGUGAUAUUUCGCAUCAACAUCUUGUCGUCGGAGGAGCCGAGGGAAAAGUGAAUAACAAUAUGGCGAUUGAGGACUUGGAGCGGGAAAUACAACUACAGAAUUCACACAUCGAGCAGUUACAAAAGAAGGUUGAUUCACUAUCAAGAAUUGUCGAAGAAACAUCAAUGGUUUUCCCAACUAAAUACCAGGCGUUUGAAAAACCAGAUGUUGUCCAUGUGGUUUGUCACUGUGAUGGAGCCAAAGCCAGUAAGAAGACAUUUUUAUUGGACAACGGACGCCUGCCAUUGGACGUUCUGAAACAUGCAUUUGGUCUGUCAUUGGUGGAACUUCUUAUUGAUGGUGAACCUUUUGUUGUUGGUGCCAACAUAGACGGUUACAUACCCAUGAAAUUUGAUCCCUCGUCAACGGUGGAGAUCGGCGGUAUCGUACAGCCUGCUUCGGACAAGGACAGUACCUCGGAGGACAUGGGCAUCGGCGGAAUAGACAAAGAGGUCACAUGCUGAACAACUAUCAUCAUAUCUGAUUAAGGAAUGAACUCUCCUUUUAUUUUUUCACAUGACAAAGAACAAAUCUCCAAACAUUGUGAUGAUUUUUAAACUUUGACAAGCUCAGAUCUGAUUUACUGUUGAAAGUUGUUGUUUUUUUUCUUUGCUUUUCUAUGAAUCUCAAUUUAGUGUUUGAUAUUCAACAUUUUCUAUAAAAAGCUGUCUAAAUAGCAUGAUGGGAAAUUUUACUUUUGUGAACACAUUACGUAGCAUUAAUGAACCUCAACAACACAGGGGUAGGUUUUACAUAUGCUGACAGCUGUAGAUAUUUGUUUUGUGUUGUUAAACAGUAUCCAGUCUACCCAUCUAUAAAAAUGGGUACAUAGUAAGGAAGUAAUCCUAUGAAAUGUCUCCCUUCUGGGUGUCAGAGAGACUUAAGCUAAUUUCAUAAUACAUUGAUGGGUAUACAACUGCUAUAUACAUAGUAUUAAGGAUGAACAAGACUUAAAGGUUAAGUUCACCUAGCUGUAUAAAUAGGUACUUCAUAUGCCGGGAAGUAAAAACCUGUGAUAGUUUGACAUUCCAUUCUAUAAAUCCUGAGUUAUUGUGUAUACAUGAUUGUAUAUAAUGUAUUUUGACCUGUCUGGUUCCAAUUCAUUGAUUGGAUUGCUGUGUAAUAUUAUUUUUACUUUAUAAAUGAAUAAAUAUAUAUAUAUGUAUACAUGUAUAUGUAUUGUGCAUUACAAUAAUUUUCGGGGUUUGCUCGAUCUGAUAUAGCUAACCGGGUAAGUGAAACAAAUUUGACUCUUGUCUUCUUGGGUCCUGAAAAUCCAGAUCUUUGUAGUGAUCAUCUUGUCAAUACAAUACAUCUGACCAUUUCACUACUGUUACUUUCAAACCUGAAAUGAUAAUUGUAGUUUUCAAAUUUGAAUGAAUUAUCUACCAUCUAGGAAAGAAACUUGGAUGAUAACACAUUAACUUUUUUUUCUCAAUUUGAUCCAAGGAAACAGCUCCUGAAUAAGACCUGUAUAUUAUGGCCUCCUGUACAAUCCGACCAAUGUGUUAUCUCACAAGGAUUCUACAUGUGUCAUUUUGUUUCAUAUAAACAGCUGUUUAGGGAAAUAAU